CAUCUCGAGACUUACUAAUAACUUUGUCAAAGAAUACUGCACCUACAUAAGUCAAAUAGGCCUAACGUUACAUACAGAAACAGUUUGAGUGUGCAUGAAAUUAGAUGAAGAGCCUGCCUCAUUAGCAGACGGUGACAUUUACAUUGUGUCCCGCCUACAAGGCGUGGAUUUGUGUCUCCUUUCCAAAAGUAUUUCACUGAGAGAGAGAGCAUCAUCAAUGGCCCAGUCACAGGGUGAGUAACACUGAGCAUCGACAUUAGCAGCGAAGAAGGCUUCAGUAAAAUUAUACAGCAGUUUCAAAGUAGAGCCAGAAAGCAUCAGGACCAUCAUCUGAACAGCCGCCCGGAGACAGGCUCCAUCAUGACUGCAAUGGAGGAGCAGGCAGAGACUGGCUGCGUGACUGAAUAACACUGGCCGCCUUUUGAAGAAUAACCCUGGUACUGACUGUAAUAGCGAGGGAGCUGACUCAGUGGUUUAUACAGCAGAACUGUGACAGGGAUUGACCCCCUCAACACUUCUCCAUUAGGGUGCUGCAAUAAGACAGCCAUGCCGCCCCCAGCCGACAUCGUGAAGGUUGCUAUUGAAUGGCCUGGUGCUAAUGCUCAGCUUAUAGAGAUGGACCAGAAAAGACCUUUGUCCUCAAUUAUACGGGAAGUAUGUGAUGGCUGGUCUUUAUCAGGAUCCGAGCAGUUUGCUCUGCGUUACGCUGAUGGCCCUCAGCUUUAUAUUACUGAGCAGAGCCGUGGUGAAAUCAAGAAUGGCACCAUCCUUCGAUUAGCCAUUUCCCCUGCUCGUGCUGCUCGUCAACUUUUGGAAAGGAUCCAGUCCCACGGUAUCGACGCUCGUCUGGAGGCUCUGAAAGAGCUCGCCAAGCUGUCCGCAGACCCAACCUUUGCCGCGGAGUUCAUCAACAUGGAGGGCAUUGGGACGCUGGCACGUCUUGUUGAGAGUGGCACCCAUUUUGGAGAAAUGCUGGCCUUCACUCUCACUGCUUUCCUGGAGCUGAUGGAUCAUGGCAUUGUUUCCUGGGACCUUAUCUCCCUCUCUUUCAUCAAACAGAUUGCAGGCUAUGUGAACCAGCCGAUGGUGGACGUGUCCAUCCUGCAGCGUUCUUUAGCCAUCCUCGAGAGUAUGGUCCUCAACAGCCACAGCCUCUACCAUCGAGUGGCACAGGAGAUCACCGUUGGACAGCUCAUCGGGCACCUGCAAGUGUCAAACCAGGAGAUCCAAACCUACGCCAUCGCUCUCAUCAAUGCUCUUUUCCUGAAGGCACCAGAGGACAGACGGCAGGAGGAGUAUACUAACCCGCUGGAGCAGCACCUUACUGAAAUGGCAAGCACUUUGGCUCAGAAACACCUGCGUUCCAUCAUCCUCAACCAUGUUAUCAGAGGAAAUCGACCAAUCAAAGCAGAAAUGGCACAUCAGCUGUAUGUGCUGCAGGUGUUGACCUUCAACCUUUUGGAAGAACGAAUGAUGACCAAAAUGGAUCCCAACGAUCAGGCUCAGAGAGACAUCAUUUUUGAGCUGCGAAGGAUUGCUUUUGAUGGAGAAAAUGACCCCACCGGUACAGAAAAGAGAAAGGCCAUGUACUCCAAGGACUAUAAAAUGCUGGGGUUCACUAACCAUGUGAAUCCAGCCAUGGACUUCACCCAGACUCCUCCUGGAAUGCUGGCUUUGGACAACAUGCUGUACCUCGCCAAGGUUCACCAGGACACCUACAUCAGGAUUGUCCUGGAGAACAGCAGCCGCGAGGACAAGCACGAAUGUCCCUUUGGCCGCUGUGCCAUCGAACUCACUCGAAUGUUGUGCGAGAUCCUCCAGGUUGGAGAAUUGCCUAAUGAGGGCUGCAACGACUACCAUCCUAUGUUCUUCACUCAUGACCGGGCAUGGGAGGAGUUCUUCUGUGUCUGCAUCCAGCUACUUAAUAAAACCUGGAAGGAAAUGAGGGCCACAGCUGAGGACUUCAAUAAGGUGAUGCAGGUGGUCCGUGAGCAGAUCACCAGGGCUCUGGCGAUGAAGCCGUCAUCUUUAGACCAGCUGAAGAAUAAACUGCGAGGCCUCAACUAUUCAGAGAUUCUGCGUCUGCGGCAGUCGGAGAGAAUGAGCCAAGACGACUUUCAGUCUCCUCCCAUCAUUGAGCUGCGGGAGAGAAUUCAGCCCGAGAUCUUGGAGCUCAUCAAGCAACAGCGACUCAACCGGCUAUGUGAGGGGAGCUGUUUCCGCAAGCUGGGGAACCGCCGAAGGCAAGAGAAGUUUUGGUUCUGCAGACUCUCACUGAAUCACAAAGUGCUGCACUAUGGAGACCUCGAUGAGUCACCUCAGGGUGAAGUGCCUUUUGAGCUACUUAGUGACAAGAUCCCCGUGUCUGACAUCAAGUCUGUGGUGACCGGGAAGGACUGUCCUCAUAUGAAAGAAAAAAGUGCUCUGAAACAAAACAAGGAGGUACUGGAGUUAGCCUUCUCUGUCCUCUAUGAUCCCGAUGAGACACUCAAUUUUGUUGCACCCAACAAGUAUGAGUACUGCAUCUGGACUGAUGGGAUGUGUGCGCUGCUGGGCAGAGAGAUGGGCAGUGACCUGACGCGCAGCGACCUAGAUACUCUCAUCAGCAUGGAGAUGAAGCUCCGCCUCCUCGACCUUGAGAACAUCACCAUCCCAGAAGCCCCGCCCCCCGUGCCGAAGGAGCCUAGCUCAUAUAACUUUACCUACAACUACAGCUGAGGUGUGUGUGUGUGUGUGUGUUUGUGUGUUUGUGUGGCUGUGUGUGUGUGUCAAGGAUGAGUAUACUCAAUCUUUUGAUGAAUUUAGCUGCAGACGUGCACCAGAUAAGGUUACUUUGAAUACUUUUUUUUUUAAAUUUCAAAACCCUGGAGACUUCUCUCCAUCCGUGUUUGUGAUGCUGUAUGUAUUAGUCAAAUAGCAGACAUAUGUGAGUUCAGAGGUCAGGGUCCACUACAGAGCAAUACCAGAGCUGAUAUAAUAGGAAUUUUGUGACUGAAUCUCAGUGCAGUCUCCAGGCAACGCCUCCCAAUUAUUUGCUAUUUAAAGGUAUAAACGCCUGUAAAGUGAAGGAAUACUGUGCCUGAUGGGGAAUAUGUAUGAACAAAUAUAUUUUAGCCAAAUUGUGGCUUAACUGGUCAAUCAAACCAUGAGUGUGGUCUUCAUGGCAAAAGAAGAUGAAGUGGCUACUAAUCCAGUUUUAAUACUGUGUUCACUUUGUUCAGUCUGUCCGUCUAUAUGACAGACAAACAGUCAAACGUCACACAGGGUAGAGUGCGUGGGCCGAGAGAUUACACAUUCACACACUCCUGAGAUUCAGCCAGUGUCUUGCUCAUGGCCAGGAGGAGGGAUACACACACACAGGGGAUUGAACACAACGUUUCUGGUGAAAGGACGUUUAUUUGAAUGGAGUCUGGUGGGUUUAGCGAUAGCGUGUUCGGGGAU